GGUGGCACAUGUGAUGACAGACUGCCCUCUAGAGGUCCAGUACUACUUGUAUGCACCUUCCGGUUGAUGACUUUGCUUUGUUGACUUUGUUACCAUGGUUUCUAACAACUUAAAUGAUAAAUGACCACCGAACUAGCCGGCUACUUAUGAAUUUAGAAAAGCACACAGACGUUGCAAGCUAGCUUACAACUUGGUCGAUUGCAAAAAUACUUCUGCUUUUACGAAUGAUUCAACAACGCAAGGAAAAAUUAAUGCUCGCAAAAGGUUUCACAUUGGAACCGCCGGAAAUUACAAAACCACCUACAUUUCCUUGGUACAAGGAGAGGCUGCUGACCAAGUGUCUAAUAGAUGCAAAGAACAAGCGUCAUCUCUCUGGUGCUUUAGAUAGCCGCCGUUGGCGUUUUCUGGACGCAGAUCUUAAUGACUUCAGAGAUGGCUAUCCAACUCACACGAGCAAACACAUCCUCACCCAGGGCCAGAGGGCCACCCGUCCAAAAUCACAUCCCACUUUUCCCUUAGAUGAAGAACACAUGAAGCGUUUCUCCAAAGAGCAGGCUUGUUUCUCUAAGCAGACAGUACGCCAGCAGGCCCGCACACAACACGUAACAGCAGUGGAACAGAAACUUAUACAGCAUCCUCUGGCUCUGUACCCACACUUAGAGCAAGGCAUGCCACCUGAGUUGUUUGAUCAGGUGAUAUCUGUCCUGGACCCAGAUAUGUUUGUAAAUAGACCGUCGACCGUGACACCACCUGAAAAUGGGCAUUUGAAGGAAGAGGAGGAAAAGGAAGAACACGUGGACGACAGAACAGAGUUGUGUGAAACCCAAAUGCAGGAGCAGGGAAAGGAAGUCAAGGAAGGGCCACUUGUCAAUGAAACGUCUGGCAGUUCUGGUCCAAAGAACCCUUACAGAGUUCUACGAGCAGGGGAGUCUGUUGCUAAGGAAGACCAGAGUGUCAGUGUUAAACGACUGCCCUCCCCUUCCCAAGACAAGGAUAUCAAGACAGUCACCAAGCUGUUCUGUGACUGGGUGGUCUCGCUGGGUGGGGAAAGCGACAACUUGACCGAGUCCACUCUCCAGGGUCUUUUUGUCAGCAGUUUGUCAGUAGACAAGAAGCCAUCCCCGACCUUUCCCAUUAACGUGGUUGAGCCCAAGAAUUACCCUGAGGAGCUACGCGACUCGGAGGAGCUACGUAACGACCAUGCCUACGACGCCCGUCUCAAGGACUCGGUACCCCAACACAAGAGACCACUGGGAACUAAGAGGCCCAUAUAUGGAGCCUGGUAUCUCAAUCCCAAAACAUGGAGGAAAAGAGAUGUUAAUGAACCAGAGGAUUUAUCGGAUUAUGAGUUUUCGGAGAUGCAAAGUGAAAGAGAUGAAGCGCUGAAACAGAUGCAUGGGACUCAAGCCUUCAGGCAGUUUAUAGUCACCAGAGGCCUUCGAGUACCACGGUUUCUGAGUGCACUCUUCGCUGAAGAGGAAGGAGUAAAUGCGGUCGGUUCUGCUUCAACGAGGAAAAGUGCUUCAACAAGGAAGGGAAAAGUAGGGCUUUAGAAAGUUUGACCUAUAAUUAGAUAUGCAUAGUCCAAAAGAUAAGUUGAAAAGAUUGAUUUGCCUGCAAUA